AUACACUGACGACAUCAAGAGGCGACGAAGGCAAUGGACGAUGAUGAUUUGUGUUGGUGGUUCAUUCCCUUGUAGUUACCCAGUUAUCAUAUAGCCAAACGAAGUCAACAUAAAUACCAAGAUCUUUAUUUUAGUUAACUUCAGCAUCGUUGGAAUUACUUUUUGCACAAUGGCGCUGAAGUCGGGGGAAGAGCGCCUGAAGGAGAUGGAGGCGGAAAUGGCGCUGUUCGAGCAGGAGGUCCUGGGAGGCCCAGUUGCUGUGACUACUGGAGGUCCCACAGUGGUUGAGGUGCCUGUCGCCCUUGCUGUACCAACUAUGCCAAUGAUCAGGCCCAUCAUUGGUACCAACACAUACCAACGGGUACAGCAGAGCUUGGAUGCACGGGCGGCCACUUUAGUUGGACCUCCCCCUACCUUUGUUGGUCCAGUGCCUCCAGUCAGACCUCCCCCUAUGAUGAGGCCUGCUUUUGUACCACAUAUCCUGCAGAGACCAGGUCACAGAAUGCCCAUGAUGCGUGGGCCCCCACCUCAGGGCAUGAUGGCCCCGCCGCUGCCCCGGCCCCCUCCCCCUCCCCCCAUGAUGCUGGCCCCUCCCAUGGCCGGCCCUCCUCAGCACUCCAUGGGCCCUAUGGGGCCAAUGAGGCCCCCAAUGGAACCCAUGAACUCCAUGAACUCCAUGAACUCCAUGAACUCCAUGAACUCCAUGCCUCCUGGAAGACCUGGUCUUCUUCCUCAGCAGGUCGGGGGAAUGGCGCCCAUGGUGUCUCCACCUCCCCGGCCAGUGGCCCAGCCGCCACCCAAGGCGACCCCCAGUGUGAUCCAGGCUGCGCCCACGGUCUAUUCCGCACCUCCCACAUCUAAGCGGCAGGACCUCCGAGCGCAACGGCAGGCACGCAUGGAGGAGCUGGCUGCAUCGGUAGCGGAGCAGCAGGCGGCGGCAGUGGCUGCGGGGCUGCUGGAAGCUAAGAAGGAGGCAGCCGCGGCGGCAGCCGCGGCAGCUGCAGCAGCGGCAGCCGCCACAGACGACAGUGUGAUCGGCCCGAGCAUGCCAGAGCCAGAACCGGCCCAGACAGAGCCAGCAGAUGGAAAUGCAGAGGAGAAGAAGAAAGGAAAACAAGAGAAGGUGAAGAAAUGUAUUCGAACAGCUGCUGGCACCUCCUGGGAAGACCAGAGUCUACUAGAAUGGGAAUCAGAUGACUUCCGGAUUUUCUGUGGUGACCUCGGUAACGAGGUGAACGAUGACAUCCUGGCACGAGCCUUCAGCCGCUACCCGUCCUUCCUGAAGGCAAAAGUGGUGCGGGACAAGCGCACAGGCAAAACAAAGGGCUACGGCUUUGUCAGCUUCAAGGACCCCAACGACUAUGUGCGCGCCAUGAGGGAGAUGAAUGGAAAGUACGUGGGUAGCAGACCGAUCAAGCUUCGUAAGAGCAUGUGGAAAGACAGAAACAUGGAAGUGGUGCGGAAAAAACAGAAGGAGAAGAAAAAACUUGGACUCAGAUGAAGACAUUACAUCUUGUUUGUAUGGGUGUGUGUGUUCGUUUGUUUGUUCUUGUAUGUGUGUGUUCAGUUGUGUAUACAGGACAUCACUUAAGCCCACAAAGAGGCUCCAUGCUUGGCAAGAAUCCCUCUCCACAUGGACAGUAGUGUGUUGGAACACCUCUCUGCUCUUCCAAGCAACAUGGUGGAUCAGUAAUGUAGUGCUGCCUGGAAGACCUGACUGUAUGGGCCAUGUCCUUUAAUUUUUCUUUUUUAAAAUGGCCCUGGUUUGUAAAUUGCAUAAUCUAGAAUGCUCUCAUUGUUAGUAUAGAAUUGGUUUUGUUUUGGAAUUAGAUUGUUAAUUUUUUGUUUUUAGAAGCCAUUCAGUUUGCGAUUGGCAGCUUACUUUCUGUCUUACAGUACUGAUGGGUAUUCUGAAUGCACUUAUUCGGUUUCAAGUGUCAUCUUAAGAAGCUAUGUGAACUCAAUUGUUGAGAAAGGGGUCAUGUGACUGGGGUCUUUUCUGUACAGGGGGGUAUUCAAAGUAUAUGGUUUAGUGACAAACCAAAGUGGUAAAAGUAGUAAGGGGUAAACCACCUACAAUAAGUGGUGCCUAUGGCAUUGUUGUGUUUGGAGAAUGAAGCCAUAUAGCUCUUAUAUUAGGAGGUUUACCACUUACUGAGUUAACUUACCCAGGUUUGUUACUAAACUACAUACUUGAAAUAGCCCCUCUCCCCUCCCCAAUCUGAUGCCAAUAAGAUGUGUGGUUAUGCUUGACCGAAAGCAUUAACCGGAAGUCUAGUGCAAAGGGCCGUGUGCAUCUUUCUCAGAUUAUCCAAAAUCAGAUUUUAAAAAGCAGGAUGUAGCUCCACAGUGUAAUCUUAGAACUAUCCAAAUUUUCAAAUAAAAACCCUGAAAUGGC